AUGAAACUGCUCUACUCUAAAAUAUUAUUGUUCGCUCUUGCAUUAAAUAUAUUGUUAACAUCAUAUUAUGCACAUAAUAAAAAUAAAAUAUACAUCAAAUCACAUACACCAACUACUAGAUCACGAUUGUUAAGCGAAUGUGACCUAUAUAUGUCCAGUAAUGAUAAUGAUCCGGAUAUGAAAUCUGUGAAGGAAAAUUUUGAUCGACAAACAUCACAACGUUUUGAAGAAUAUGAUGAACGUAUGAAAGAUAAACGCCAAAAACGUAAAGAACAAAGAGAUAAAAAUAUAGACGAAAUUAUUAAAAAAGAUAGAAUGGACAAAUCAUUAGCAGAAAAAGUAGAAAAAUGUUGUCUUAUAUGUGGGUGUGGAUUAGGAGGUGUUGCAGCAGGUAUUGGAAUAAUUGGUGGAAUUACUAUAAGUGAGUUGAAAAAAGCUGCUAUGGCUACGGCUAUUGUAUCUGCUAAAGAAGCAGGUAUGGCUGCCGCUAAAGCUGAGGGUGCUGCGGCAGGUAAGGAAUUUGUUAUUGCAGGAUUAAAACGAAUGGGUAUAUCAACUCUAGGUGGUAAGGAUUUGGGAACCUAUUUUGCUACAACAGAUUAUACUAAUUUCAAAACCAUUGCUCGUGUUAUAAAUAGUGAAUAUCAAACAGAUUCAUGUCUGAUAGGUGGCUCUGGCGCUGAGAAGCCUAUUUGCACUUGGGUGAGGGCAAAGGAGGGAGCUGCACGGGUAAUUCAAGGGAAACAGUUUUCAACGCAGGAAACUAUAAAAACAGGUGUAGAAAAUAUCGUCUCAAAUGCCGAAACUGUUGCUGGAGAAGCUUCAAAAAAGGCUACUGAAGAUGUUAUAAAAAGUAGCAUUGCUGCAGUAGACGCUAAAUAUGUUAUUUGCCAGAAUGCUAUAAUUGCUUCUGUUGUAGCAAUAUUGGUAAUAGUUUUAGUUAUGAUAAUUAUUUAUUUAAUUUUACGUUAUCGAAGAAAAAAGAAAAUGACGAAAAAACUACAAUACACAAAAUUAUUAAAUCAAUAA